GUCGCACCGCAGCUACCUCACCCUCGUCUUCAUCAUGUGCAUCGACGGCAACAGCGGACCUCUCUCCAUCCGUUACGUCACCGCCCAGCUCGAGGCCCUCUGGCACAACGCGAACGACUGCGCCCCGCAUGCGGCCCACUACGACUACAAGUCGAACGAGUACGAGGGCAGCCGGUAUAUCCGGGCUCUGCGUGAGUUCCACUUCCUCACUAGGCGUGCCACCACCGGCCUGCGCGAAGACGACCUGUUCUUCUCGGCCAAGUUCGCGAUGCCGGAGCUCAAGUUCCUGUGCAACCACACGGUCUUCCUUCGCCUGAACAUCGAGUCGGGCCACCUGAACUUGUCCUACAAGGACUCGGCGAAGCUGAGCGCACGCGCCGAUCACUCGAAGAACAUUGCGUUGAAGGACGUCGAGGUUGUGUUCGCGCUUCCGAUUCUGCGGAGCAACAUCAGCGGACGCGACGAAAAGAUCGGCAACCUGGGUGCCAGGCACCUGGUCCAGAUGAUGAUCUUCGCUCUCGACCAGGAGAAGUUUGUGAGGUUCACGCUGGGCGACAACAAGCUGAGCGAUGACGCCAAGGAGGCGUUCCAAUUCUACCUGAAGCACUACUUGCUCUUCCUGCAGACGUCGGGCAACCAUGUAAUGUUCGACUUGGCUGACUUUGACGACUCUAAGCACCGUCCGCGGAUCGACUACUCGGUUCUCCGGACGGAGAGUACGGAUGAGCUGCGGCAGCUGAUCCGCAAAGAUAUCAGGAUUCUCGACAAGGUUGACCCGGCACUGAUCGCGCAGUUCUACCAGAUGCACUGGCAGAAUGCGUGUGGCAAGCGGAAUGGACCGGCAUGGGGCAAGCUCGAUCUGUGUCUGGCGACGAUCUGCAGCGACUGGAUCAACGGAUGUUCGCUGGAGAACAUCCACUUCUUCAUCAACUUCCACUCUCCGACGGUCGAGCCUCUGUGCAAUCAGGAGGUGAUCAUCAAGUUCCACAUCAAGGAGCUCGGGUUCUUCGAGAAGGCUGGCAUCAACGACACCGUGACCCCAAAGGUGGACCUCUCUGACCAGCAGUGGCAGUUCGCCUUCAUCGUCAAGUGUGUCAGGGCCGAAGGCCUCGGCGUGGUGACCUUGGACCUCGACACCGCACGCUUCUCUCGCUUCGACUCGUUCUUCGGCAACGGCGAGCCCGAUGAGCAGACCAAGCAUUACAUCGACCUCAUGAUCAAAUUCUUCUCCCACGACUACAUCGACAUCCUCGCCCGCUUCAGCCUCCACAUCAUCCUCGGCCUGCCCCUCGCGCCGGACAGCUUCGGCAGGGACUACGCGGCCGAGUGGACGGAGACGGAGGAGAACGAGGGCGACCACUUCGCCAGGAAGCACACUCACGCGAUGAUGUGGUCCGAGCGGAUCCAGCACACGCCAGUCUACCCUGGCUGCCACGAGGUCGUUGCGCUCUCUGAGGAGACCAUUAAUCGAGUCCUGCGGAGCCGAUUGGAGACGGUGCGGGAGUGGCAGAUCGGCAAUUUGUUCUCGAUCAACAUUCUAGACCUGAAGGUCCGGCUGCUGACGAGCGGCAAGGCAAUCAUCUACAUCCAAGCGAACGGCAUGAUUGCAGUCCGCAAACGGGAGAAGUCGCUCAAGUGGUGGACGAGGCUGUUCUGGAUGCAUCCUCAGCCGACCGACCAGCUCGACACCGUCGACUUUGAGGCCGUCACGCUCGCAUACGAGGUAGACAUCUCCAAGGUCCCGCACGACUUCCUCAUCGUCGAGGUCGACACCGUUGUCACGGACUACUACAAGACCUGGACUAGUCGCUUCGUAGAGACGCUUCGCCGCGGCACAGAUCACAGCCGAGACGUGGAACAGACCAUCACGGUGGAUGCUGUCCACCUCAUGCACUUCAUCUUGAACCUCAAGGGUGCACGCUACGUCGAGGAACUUUCGAUCGUCACCGACCUCGGCACCGACGACACCUCGCUCGAGAAGCUCAACACCAUCAGGCAGUACAUCCCCGAGUACCUCGCCGCCCUCACCCACUACGGCCACAACAUCCUCCACACCGUCCCCAUCUGCAAGCUUCCCCGCACCGACAAGCCCUCGGACCUGUUCGCGUUCACGGACGUCGACCACCGCGUUCUCACCAAGAAGGAGAUCAACAUUGACACCUGCCUCAACUUCGAGACCCUUGAGACCGAGAUCCCGCUCGUCGUCAUCUACGGCGUCACCGGUGGUGCCAGGAUGCCGACGUUCAGUGGCAAAUGGGCCGCCGGCUGGCAGGCUGUCGGUCGCGAGUCUGUCGGCACGCUGGGCCUGUCGCGUGAGAUUUUCCUGCAGCGGUACAUUCUCGAGCAGCUCAAGAACGUCAAUGCGAUGACGACGAUCAUCCCCAAGAACGUCGAUGUCGUUGACGAUGUCUGGCACGUUGACCUGACGACAUGGUACCUGCACCCGACGCGGAACCAGUCCAAGGUUGGGUGCCAGUGGAAGCCGGUCAAGUCCGAGUCGCUGGACUUCAUGGAGUACGAGUGGAAGUACCGCGACGAGUGGAAUCACGAGCACGAGGGUCACUCCGAGGACACAGCCAACGGCGAAUACUACCUUCACUGCAACACGAAGAACUCGCUCAUCAUCCCGACCAUGUUCGACCCCAAGGGUAUCGAGCUCGACCUCCGCGGCGAGACCACCGUCAAGGUCGGUGGCAAGCACAACGGCCAGAAGUGGAGCCGGUCCACCGUCGGCACCUGGGGUGCCAAGAUCAAGCUCGACACCUCCAACGGCCUCAAGAUCGUCGUCGACCGCAUUCCCAUCCAGGUCAAGCCAACCGUCGAGACUUGCACCGACUCGUGGACAUUCGACCCGAGUACGAUCCACUUCCAGAACUUGUCGCUCAAGAGCGAUGCGCUCGACGGGCUCGUCAUCGGACAGCUUCGCCACCUCCUCGAGGCGUCCUGGGAAUACUGUGUCAUGGGUAUCCAGUCCAUCAAGCUUCGCGCGCCCGUCAUCACUCGUGACGGCGACUUCAUCUGCGAGCUCGACCUCGACAAGGACAUGGUUCGCCCUCCGAUGCUCGACGUCGCGGAGUGGGUCAAGUACAGGACCAGGUGGUAUUCUGAGUGGGUCGAGAACGGCAAGCUGAAGGCGCGGGACUACGGUCAGAUCCGUGGCGAGUACACGGUCGACAAGGACGGCAGGGUCGAUACCACGCCGGUGGCAGACCGCGGCGUCCCCACGGCAGAAGAGCCCGUCACCAUACCCUACAACGUCGCCAAUGGUCAAGCGCAGCCCAAUGGCACAGCUGCUAAGGCGGUCGAUCCCGCUCCCGCUCCGACUCCUGCUAAGGCUCCUGCUCCUGCUAAUGGCGCCGCUGGGACCAACGGUGCUGCUGCUCCUCAGCCCACUCCUGAGCCUGCUACAGCUGCCGCGUGAACAGCCCUUUCCGAGCCCACCUCGACCCCACACACUAUGGUGUGAGCUAUCGGACUUGAACAAUCUGUUAGUGUAUCUGGCUGCUGUUUUCCCAUCUUUGUUGUCUGUUGUGCUAUUGUUCUGUAAUACGGCUGGGUCUAUAUGCAUAUUUUUCUUCUCGCUCGACCCCUCAAGAGCCCGAGAUAUAAAUCAUCGUUUGACCCUGUCAUCAAUUUGGUGGAGAUGCGCUGUCUGCAACUCGUCUUAGUAAUGUAAGAGCGAUAUCACCCUCGUCUGAGUAGCCUUCUACGGUAGAAUCCGAUCUUCCCCUGCUCUGCUCACCGGACGUCGAGCCGCUUCGUUUAUGGAGCUUACCGAUGUUCAACGAGCGUCCAAACUCGUCCAGCCCCUGGCUGAAAUGUCGAUACACAGCUGACUUUGUCUGCACCGCGCUAGGCGAAACGAGGUCGAUAUCUGAG